AUGACCAGCAGGAAGCUGGAGGGAUGGGCCUGGGCUUGGGUUCUGUGUUUAUUCUUCUCCCUCCUGGGUGAGAUGGUGAGAAGGCCCCUGACCCCGGCCUUCAGGCAGAGGCUGCCCCAGAGCUCUUGGCCAGAGGGAGUAGGAGAGGGGCUUUGGUCAGACGAGACCCUCCCCUCUGGGGAGGCUGGUGCCGGUGCGGUGGAGGAGGUGCCCCAUCCCUGGAGCUCCAGGAUCCCCUUUGUGAUUGAGUCAGCUGAGUUCUCUGAGGGCAGGGGAGGGUCUGGGGUCCCAGGUUGUCCAAGGGAAGCUGCUGCAGGGAGAGGAGACUUUGAACCCCCUAUCCAGUUCUAGGAGCAAUCCCCCCUGGGUGGCUCAGCAGACCCAUCGUUGCAGUCAGCAAUAACCUUCCAAGACGUGGCCGUUGACCUUUCCCCAGACGAGUGGAGGGGCCUUGGCCCCACUCAGAGGCAGCUCUACAGGGAUGUGAUGUUGGAGAACUACAGAAACCUUGUCUCCCUGGGGCCAGAGUCCCCUGGAUCCACACCACAGAUCAUCUCCUGGCUUGAGCAAGGGGAAGGAAGAGAGUUUCCAGGGAGCAUUCCUUCUGAUUGCGAGACUCGGGCUGAGGUCAGGGGAGGCAUUUCUACAGGAGUGUGGAAGAGGGGAUUGUGCGGGAGCACCAGGGGCGCUGACCAGGAUCCUGAGUUUGGAGCGGCCUCUGAACGUGGAAGCCAGUCCCUCAACCCUGCCCGGAGCCCGCGUUUUUCCCCGGGAUGUGAUUUCAGCCCAGUGGCCCGCCUCCAAGAGCAGGCUCAGCCGGGUGAGAUGGGCCGGGCGUGCAAUGGGCUGGAGACGUGUGUCCAUCUGAGGUCGAACCGAGUGACAUGUGGGCAAGGUCCUGCCGGAGAGAGACCCUUUGAGUGUCGGAGCUGUGGGAAAAGAUUUGAGCGGCUUUCCUGCCUGAGCCGACGUGAGAAGAGCUACGCUGAAGUGAAGCCCCACAUGUGUGAGGAGUGUGGGAAGGACUUCAGUCGGCCGGCUUACCUCCGCGAGCACCCGAGGAUUCACACCGGCCAGAAGCCCUACACGUGCAGUGCGUGCGGCGAGGUGUUCAGGCGGCGAUCCACCCUGAUCCGCCACUGGGGAAUCCACACUGGCGAGAAGCCCUACGGAUGCCACCAGUGCCGGAAGGCUUUUAUCCAGCAGACCAAGCUCGUUGAACACCAGAGAAUCCACACGGGAGAGAGACCCUUUGAUUGCAAGGACUGCGGUAAACCCUUCUCCAGAGUGCAGCACUGGCGGCGCUGUGCCGAGGACAAGACACUCCGAGGAGGCGCGUCUGGCGCGUUCGAGGUGAGCUCUGACCCUAGCGAUCCAGAGAGAACGCCCCCCAAGGAGAGCUCUCAUCAGUGUGAUGCCUGCGGGAAAUCUUUCAGACAGCGCUCUUCUCUCCUGCAGCACUGGAGGAGUCACACUGGGGAGAAGCCCUGUGAAUAUAACCUGUGCGGCAAGGCCUAUGGGCGGUAUUCUGCCCUGAGCCGUCACAAGAGAGUUCACACUGGAGGGAAGCCUCGCCUGUGCCUCCAGUGUGGGAAGACCGUCAGCCGCAGCUCAGUCCUCACUCAGCACCAGCCGAUCCACACUGGGGAGAAGCCUUACGAAUGCAGCCAGUGUGGGAAGACUUUCAGCCGGAGUUCUAAUUUUUUUCUGCACCAGAGAAUUCACACUGGAGAAAAGCCUUGUGAGUGCAGUGAAUGUGGGAAAGCCUUUAGUCGGAGGUCCAAGUUUUUUCUACAUCAGAGAACUCACACCAGAGAAAACCCUCUGAAUGUAGGCCUCUGGGUUACAGACACAGUAAGGGGCCCUCAACACGGGAUGGACUUAUGGGACGUCAGUGAGGAGGGCUAGGAGGAUGGAACCGAAGGCCAGUCUGCCCCUGGGAGAAGAGUUAAAAUUGCCCAAGAGUGUGGGGGACAGCCUGCCUUAGGUUGGCAGCUAACUGACCUUGGGGAAGGGCUGGGGGAGUUCCCCAGUCUGGCUGAUGAAGAAAUGCUGGGCCUCAAGAAUAAAAAUGACCAUUUGCAAAUGCAGUAACCAAGAAGUGUUGUAAUGGGUGUGGCGCCCUCUCCUGGAGGCUCUACAGGGUGAGGCGUUGUUCCUGCCCUCAGGGACCUUGCAAUCCACCAGGGAUAGGGAUGAAGGGUGAAACAAGGUGGGCCUUCAGGCCAAGGGCUGGAGGAGGGGGGCUGGGUAGAUCAGCUCCUGCAGCUGCUAGCCUCCCCAGGCCACAGGAGUCGCAUGGCCACACAGGGGUCAUGUGCUGGCCGCAGCAGCUUCAGAAUCACAGCCCCAGAGCAACUGCUUGGGCUCAGAAUCCUGCCUCGGCCUUCAGGGAGUUCCCCUCUUCUGGGAGAAUAUGCUGGCAGUCAAAGCUGCCCUUCAGGGCCGCGGAGGGCUUGGCAGACAGAACGUCCUCGGAGUCUCAGAACAGCUCUGCUACUGGGCUGACUUGGAAAUAGGUCUUGCCUGAUUUCUAAUGGGUCAUUGGCAUAAUAUCCUUUGCCUUCCCAAUGGGAGGGGGAGGGAGAAAAUUGGGAACCCCAAACUUUUAAAAAUUCAUGUUA